GGAGGCGUGACUAGAGAUAAAGUUAUCAAAUCACGACAGGGAUUCGUCACAAAAUAUAAACGAAUUUUCAAAUAGAACUUCGUCAAGUUCAGGUCUUAAACGUACGCGCUUUCUCUACAAUUUGUCAAAAGUACAAUGGAUUCGUACGAAAGCGUAUUACUCGUAAAGUCUGAAGUAUUUGUGUUUAAAAUACCGCCAAGGUCAACGAAUAGGGGUUAUCGAGCAGCUGAUUGGAAUCUCCAAGAGCCAUCAUGGACUGGCCGUAUGCGUCUUGUAUCUCAAGGAAAUUUAAUAACUAUAAAGCUUGAAGAUAAAGUUACUGGUGAUUUAUUUGCCGAAUGUCCAAUCGAGCAAUAUCCAGGAAUUGCGGUUGAACCAGUCACAGAUUCUUCUCGUUAUUUUGUUCUGAGAAUUCAAAAUGAUCAUGGACUGUCUGCUUUUAUCGGUGUUGGAUUCUUAGACAGAUCGGAUAGUUUUGAUUUAAAUGUUGCGCUUCAAGAUCAUUUUAAAUGGCUAAAAAAGCAAGAACAGAUAGAAAAAGAAAAGGAUGAACCGAAACAGGAGUUAGAUCUUAGAUUCAAAGAAGGGGAGACAAUUAAAAUCAAUAUGAAAAUCACUAAGAAGGAUGGCAGUGAAGUUACAUCCAAAGCAAAGCAGCGUGCUAAUCCGGGUAUAGGUUUACCUCCUCCACCAGGCGGUGUAAAAAUUGCACCGCCACCUGCUAAAACUCCAACUUCGUCACCUGCGCAUAAACCUGUUCAGAGCCAGAACCAAACGACAAGUUCAGAAUGGGGAGAAUUUGCUAGUGCAUCGCAACCUCCGGCUCAACAACCACCGACAAUAGGCAAUGCCAGUUGGGUGCAAUUUUAACUCGUUACAAGUUGUAUUAAAAUUUAGUAUAUUUGUGCUGUAGAAUUGUAGGCUAUGCAUACAUAUAUUAAUUUGUAUGUCACUAUGUGCAUACUUAUGCGCAUAAAUAUCUUUUAAGGGUAAUUAUUGACAAAGAUGUUUCUAUGUAUAUAGUAAAUUAACUACAAUAUUUUUAGACCAUAACCUUUACUGUAUCAUAUAUUAUAGUAUUUACGAGUUUCUAUAAAUUUCUGUGUUAAUUUAGUUGCAAAACCAGUUAUAUAC